GUUUGCAAUCUUUUUGCAACCACCAUGUUUUGAUAAGCAUACAAAAUUAAAAAAAACAGUAUUUGUUAGAUUCUCGCUUUCAGCCCUUCCAAGGAAAAAAAUUCUCAUAAAUGAAAUUGCGAUAAAAACAACAAAAGAAAUACAUAAUCAGCUAAAAUUUUGUUGCUGUCAUAUCGAUUUAUUUUGGACUUUCAUUUUCAAUCAGUCGAUAAUAAACACUCAGCUAACGAGGAGGGCUGUUUUCACAGCUGUUUGGUUUGUUAUUAUUUGUAGUCUCUGCUAUUUUUUUUUACAAUGGAAUAUAUAGUUGAAAUAUUCUGUUCUUCAAUCAUUUUUGGAUAUUUAUUUUAUAAAUGGGCAAAUAAAAAUUUUAACUAUUUUUCCAAACUCAAUAUUGCACAUGAAAAACCGGUGUUUUUAAUCGGUAACAAUCUACCGGUGUUAGAAGGAAGAGAAUCUAGUCCAGAAUUUUUGAUAAGACUUCACAAUCAGUUUAAAGAUGAAAAAAUCUACGGCUAUUAUGAAUUUCGAACUCCCAAUCUUAUCAUUCGUGAUCGAGAGCUUAUUGAAAAAAUUACCAACAAUGUUCCAAAUUUUUUGAAUUCUUCACAAAAUAAAGCAUUUUUGAGCGAUGAUACAACGGGAAAUAUGAUUUCUGUAUUGCAAGAUAAAAAAUAUCUUGAUAUGUCAUUAAUGUCAGAGCACAUUUUCAUGGAAGACAAAAUAAGUCAAGUUUUCACCAUAAUAAUGGAAUGCAAUAAAGCAGCUAUUAAAUAUCUUAAAGACACAAUUAAGGCUGAAGGAAAAGAAAUUGAUCUUGAAGACUAUUUUCAUCGAUAUUCAAAUGAUGUUGUAGCUGCUGCUGCAUUUGGUAUGGAAAUAAAUUCCUACAAAUAUAAAGACAAUAAAUUCUCAACCAGUGCUUCGAAUCUUUUAAGAAGUAGAAGUCUUUUUGCUGCAAUUAAAUCGUUUUAUUUAACAAUUACUCCAUAUGUUUAUAGGAUCUACCGAUUAAAUAGAGUUUACAUAAAAAUUUUGAAGUUUUUGAGAAAUUUAAUUACUCGGAUAUUCGCAGGUCGUCAAAUAAAUAAAAUUGUCCCGAAAGACUCCAAUUCCAUGGAAGAGAAGAGUGAAGUUGAAUUUUCAAAUAUCGUAUCAGGCUUAAUAAGGAAAUUCAGUUCUACAAUCAAAGCAGUAGUUUUGAUAAUUUUCCCACAAAUCUCAAUUCUUAUCAACUUGGGAUAUUUUAUUCUAAAUAUUCGUUACUAUGUGAAAAGUUUUUUCAAGCCAAAAUCAAAAAAACUUCCAGAAGAAAAACCUCUUCUUGAAGAUGAUGCAGAUCCACAGGAUAAAAAUAAGAACCAAUUCUUGAGAAUAGGAGGAGCUAUUUGGAGAAGUAUUACAGGAGGAAUUAAAUCACUAAUUUUUUGCAUUUUCCCACAAGUCAUAUUGGUUCACCAAUUGUAUAUUUAUACAAAAACACUCAUCAAAUAUAUGAAAGGCAAAACUGUUCAACAGGAUGUUCUUCAUAAGAAAAAGAAACUAUCCAAAAUAGAUUCGGCUCUAUUGAAAUUAGAAAGAUUUAUUGUUGUUGUCAAAUUGUUUAUAUUGACAAAUUUCCCUGCAGUCUCAAAAAUUUUUAAAUUAAAAGCUUUUAAUACAAAAGCUUUAAAUUAUAUGAAAAGUAAAGCCAGCGAAACAAUCCAAGAACGUCAAAAUAAAAAAAUAAUUCGAUUGGAUAUGAUACAUCUAAUGCUCGAGGCUUGGAAAAAUGAAGAUGACAUCUUUGUAAAUGACAUCGAGAACCGUAACAGGAGUAAAUUUUCCGAAAACGAUUGGAUUGCCCAGUGCAUUAUGUUUAUAUUUGCCGGUAUUGAGCCAAUGACUAAUCUUUUGUGUAAUACUCUUUACGAGCUAAUGAAGAAUCCGGAAAUUCAAGAAAAACUCUACGAAGAGGUUUCAAAAAUGAAUGAACAACUAAAAGGUGCUGAUAUAUCAUAUGACUUAUUAAUAGACAAGAUGAAAUAUAUGAAUAUGGUUGUUAUGGAAUCACUUCGAAAAUGGCCUGAAGUACCGCUUCGGAAUAGAGUUUGUAGUAAACCCUAUACACUUAAAGAUAUUGAUGGUAAGAUUGUUCAAGAAUUCAAAACUGGUGACAAGUUAUAUUUUAACGUCUAUGGAAGUCAUUAUGAUGAAGAGAAUUUUGAAAAUCCUUUUACUUUUGAUCCCGAAAGAUUUAAUGAUGAGAACAUAUUGAAAAAGAAAACUUAUACAUAUUUUCCAUUUGGAUAUGGAGCAAAAGUCUGUAGAGGUAAAAAGUUUGGUCUUAUGGUAACGAAAAUUAUGCUGUACCAUUUGAUAUUGGAGUUUAAAAUUGAUUGUGGCACUAAAUCUACUAGGGAUUUAUUUGCAGCAACAAGAAAAAUUCAAUUGAAACAAUCAGAUUUCUUUUGGAUGAAAUUAUACCCAAGGAACAUUGAACCUAAACCAGAAUUGAAUUUACUAGGGGAAUCUAAACCAGAGCAGCCUAAGCCAGAUGAACCAGAACCAGAGGAACUUAAACCAGAGGAACCUGAAGCAGAGGAACCUAAAUCAGAAGAACCUAAAUCAGAGGAACCCAAACCAGAGGAAUUUGAAUCAGAGGAAACUGAACCAGAGGAAUCUGAGCCAGAGGAACAUGAAACAGAGGAACUUGAACAUGAACCAGAGGAACUUUAGUCAGAGGAAUCUAAGCCAGAAUUGACUGUACUAGAGGAAACACUUCAAUUCAACUUGUAAAAAAAAAUAUUCAAAAAGGCAUAAACCCUUAAUAGUUGUAGUUAAUGAA